ACACAACUUACUUGCCCCAGGCCGACAUCUUUUUCAGAAUUGCAAAGAUGCCCGAACUCGCCGAAUGUAAAUACUCCCGCGAAGAGUGCAUAGCGUCAAUCCGCGACUAUUACAGCUUCUUAAGUACGAUGUAUGUCCACGAAGACGACAUCCUUUAUCCUCCAGAAGAAGGUUGGCCUACAAUUACAACAGAAACUUUGAAAGACAUGAGAAAAACAGAUGAGGUCAUAUGUCUUCUACGCCAUCUACCCUACAUUCGUGUCCCGAGCAAUCCCUUCAAUCAGGCUCAGGGCGCUCCUUGGUGCCGUUUCGCCGAUUGGCAGCACACAGGAGCCCGUGUCGAACGCGGAAUGGAUGGCCAGGAUUUGAAAAUCAUGUCGGAAGGCUCCGAAAUCUGCGACAACGCACCCUCCCACGUGAUUGGUCUCACAAAGGGUGGCCGCGAAAAUCCUGUUUUCCUCUUGGAUACAGAGCUCGGCGUAAUAUACUGGCCAGAAUGUCCAGACGGUAUCUCAAACAACCCUUCCUACGACCAUCUACGAGUUUUCGACGACCCUCACGAGUGGGCUCCAGAAAACGAGGCCGACUGGCGUGGCGAUGCCACUCGCUGGACGGUGAAUGGUUUCUUCGAAGUUCUCAAGGAUCAAUUUCGAAAACUGAACUUUAUCCCCACCAGCCCACUAUCUGUCAUUGAUGUAUACGCGUAUCUUAGACCAGGCUCGGACGGCUUGGUGGAAAAAUUACAAGUUAUCUAUCAUGAGCAUGGCUGGCCGGGUCUGGAAAAUUAUCGGAAGCAGGAAUGCUUGGAAGCUGUGGUGGCCGCAAUGGAACAACAGUAUGGAAUGGAUGAUUGAGUGGCUUGGGAAAACAGGACGGAUCUACAUGUGUCAGCAUAAAAGUCUUGGGAGUCGACUUCGCAAAAUAACUCAGUCAUGACAAACUCGAGCUAUCACAAAGUCUUAUUAAUGGUCAACUUUCAUAAGACAACUCAGCUAGCAGAAUUCAGCUCAGGAUUUCUGAAACCUGUAAUCCGAUUUCUGUAUCCAGAAGGGCCUGAAAUCCCUGCUACAUCUGUUGAGGGCUUAGUAGAGUUCUUCUUAGCAUUAGUUUAAUUGCAUUAGUUCCACAAUAUCUCUGUGGACUUUGGAAGAGGUCCUGAAAAGACUCGUGGCACC